CAGAAUCCGUCGGCGACCUCUGUCAUGGCCAAGGACUACUUUGUAACUGAUGCCACUUGGUCCAACAUCCUCGCCGGCGGCAAGUUCGAUUACAUCGUGAUUGGAUCUGGCUGCACUGCCCUGGCCUUCAUCGACGAGGUUCUAAGACAAGACAAGAACAAGAGAAUUCUGUGCCUGGAACGAGGUGACUUCUGGCUCCCCUCGCAUUUCCAGAAUCUUCCUCUGCCGUUCAAGAUGGUGCUCGGGGGUCCUUCAGAAACCUUCCCUUGGACGCUCUCCCGUAAGACGUACGAGAACAAGGAACUCCGUUUCUGUCACGGCUCUUGUCCGUUUUUCGGUGGCAGGAGCACGUUCUGGUCCGCUUGGAGCCCCCAGCCUAGCCCGGAGCUCAUGAGAGGCUUCCCAGACUCCAUGAAAAAGACGGCAGAGACCGGGGAGUUUUGGAAGAGCGCAAAGAAGCUGCUUCACGUCAAGUUGGCGGGGCAUAUUGGCGACGACGUCUUCGGACCGCUCCAGAAGGCAGUCGACAAAGUGCUGCGCCACAAGCUGAAACAUAUUCCCACGGCUGACACUGUUGAAUCUGCGCCCUUGGCUGUCGGAGCUGGAAGCCCGACUUCCCGGAUGCGUUUUAACAAAUUCUCGGUUCCGGGUCCGCUCCUGGCUCUGUACGAGGAGCAACGCAAGCUCACUGAGGGAGGUCAGGGGCAGCCUCUGCAACUCGCGUUGAAUUGUACCGUUACUGGACUGGCGGAAGGCGACGACGGUGUGGUUCGAGCGAUCGAGACUAACCGGGGAACCAUCUCAUGGCCCGAAAACGAUACCAAGAUUGUGCUCUGCGCUGGCGCCAUCCCUAACGCUACAUUGCUCCUCAAUUCCUUCCCCAGUUGCAGAGACACAGUUGGAAAACGGAUAACCGGCCACUUUCUCACUCACAUCGCCGCGAGAUGCCCUGUUGAUAGUCUUCCUGAUUGGGAUUGGGGCAAGUCGAACAAGCUGCAGAUCGCGGCGACCUAUCUCGCCGGAAGGGACCGGGAAACAAAGCAGCAAUACCACGUCCAAAUCACUGCCAUCCACAGUCCCGAUCCAGAGAAUGAUGCCGACGACGCCGCGCGAGAGUGCCCUGACUACGCCGCCGCGGCUACUUACGAACAGCUCAAGGGCUCCGAGAAGCAUGUUGUAUUCGUCUGCGCAUUGUUGGGCGAGUUUUACGAGUUCAACAAGGACAACUUCCUGCAGCUCAACCACGGCAAGGAUCCGUCCACGAACGUCAAGCUCCAGUUCACGCUGCAUCAGAAUGACAGUAAGCUCUGGGACGUCAUGGACGAGGCGACCUACCAGACCAUCAACGUCAUGUCUGGAGGCGACACAGACAGCAUCCAAUACUGGGACCCACACCAGGGCGGGUGGGCGAAGGCGAAGCAACCCAAGGAGACCAUCCGCAUUCCCGGAAUCGUCCAUGAGGCAAGCACUGCUUUUGUUGGGCCCAAGGACAAGGGCGGUUCGUUGGACGACAGCUACAGGCCCCAUGGAAUUGAGAACGUCUUUGUGACGGGAGGUGCUCUCUUCCCAUCGGCGGGGAGCUGGAACCCCACGUUGACCAUGUGCGGAUUCGCCCAAGAUUUGGCGAGAAAGAUUUAGCG